GGGGUUCGGUUUAUUAAUCCCCCUUAUUGCAAGCACACAGAGAUAAGUGAUAAUCUCUCGAUAACUCUGACACUGUUGAGUAGAACAUGGAGCAAGUGCCUUCCAUUAAUUUGUGAGGCUUUAUCCAUAUCCCCGUAACAUCUUUUGAGUGGCCAUCAAGCAAAGAGAAGGUUGUAAACUUGGAAUAGUGUGUGUGGUUGAUCUUGAUUGAGGACCCGGUGUCAGCUGCUGUAGUGCUUGUUUGGAAUUGAGUCGUUGAAUUGAUAAUCUAAUUGAGCGAAUUGCGGUUUCUCAGGCUGUUCCGAUAUGUGGUCAAAAUGGGUUCCCGGAGAAAUUCUCAAAUCCAAUAGGAUCGACCAACGCCUUCGAACGAGUUCUCAUCUCUCGUUUUUGUGACAGUGAGGCCUUAUAGUCUGCAAGUAGUGUCAGUGACUUCUGUGCAACAUGAAUAGGCCUUGCCAGACCGAUAUUAGAUCCCUUCAGGUCUGAUCACAAAUCAGUAACCAAUGGUGGCCGAGAAUUCGAGUGAAGACCCUCGGGUACUUCUGCCAACCGAUCAUCCGGACUUUCAACAACAGCUGCGACGGGUGUCACGCUACAAGAAAGCCCUUUCUGUGUUGUCAUUCACACUCUUGUGCCUUAGUGUCAUCUUGGCGAUAUUGUUGUGGAAGAGCUUAUCGGGAAAGGAUUCAAGGUCCAAGAACACUGUCCCCGAGACAAUCAAUAACAAAUUUGUCAGAAACAGUAGCCAGGGUCAUGUUUGCCUUACCCCUGAAUGUAUUCUGGCGGCAUCCACCCUAAUCGAGUCUAUUGAUCACUCAGUGGAUCCUUGUGAGGAUUUUUAUGGCUUUGCUUGUAAUGGAUGGAUUGAGAAACAUUCCAUUCCAAGAGGUCAACCCCAGUGGUCGGUCACGGAUCAAAUGACAGAAGACAACUUGGAAAUUCUCAGAUCUCUGUUGGAGCGACCUCUCGAUAACAUGGCCUCAAAAUCAGAGCAAAAGUCGCAAUUACUCUAUAGGUCAUGCGUGGAUUCGAAUGGGGUGAUUGAAAGAUUGGGUUCUGAACCCCUCGACAAACUCAUUACAUCCAUUGGGGGUUGGAAUCUGACCAAAUCCGAAUUCAAUCCGGCCACCUUUGAUCUGAAGUCAAAGCUUCUGUUAGUGCAAAAGUAUUCCACCAACGCACUCUUUCAUUGGUAUGUUAGAGAAGGCACCCACGACACAAACCAAUACGACCUAAUCAUCCAACAAGGCGGCAUUUCUCUUCCUUUUGAGGAUUUCUAUUGGGAUUCUGAUAAGACCAAUUCCCUGGUGUCGUUUAUGAGCACAGUGGUUGAAAGGACGAACGGUGGUCAGGGUGACCCGAAAGAGAUAAGAAGACAAGUCCAAGAAGUGGUGGAACUUGAACGUCAAUUGGCUGAUAUUGGAAUGCCCGAAGAGGAGAUGAUGGGCAAGUACUUAACCUUGGACGAAGUGGAUGAAUUAGUGCCUUCGGAACAUAUGGUGGGGUCCUGGAAGGAUUUCUUUGGUGAACUUGCUGAGCUAUUUCAUAAAAAAACAAGAAAGCCGUCAAUAAGCUUCAAUGGGGACACGAGGAUAUGGGUUCAAUAUGAUUAUAUUGUCAAAUUAGCUGAUAUUGUGAGGAGACCAGAGUCAAUCCAGUUCCCUUCAACUGUAACUCCGUCCAAACGUUCACUGUGGAGAAAUAACAUUCUGAAUAACUAUCUUACAUGGCAAGCAAUUCAGCCAUACAUUGGUUUCCUUGCCAAAGAUUAUCAAAAAGCCGAACAUAAAUUCAUGAAGGCCAUUUACGGCAUACAAGGUCGCGAGGAACGGUGGCGAACCUGCGUAAAGGCCACAAACUCAGCCAUGGGAUUUGCUGUGGCUCCACUGUUUAUUCACCAGAGAUUUUCUCAAGAGGGCAAGGACUUGGCCUAUGACAUGAUCGAAGAAGUCAAGGAAACCUUCAAAAGACGAUUGGAAAAGUUGGAUUGGCUUGAUCCGCAGACCAAAACCCUAGUCAAGGAGAAGAUUUCAAACAUCAAGACGAUGAUGGGCUAUCCAGAUUACAUCAUGGAUAACAAAGCCUUGGAUAGAGCCUACGAAUCAUUUAAAGUCAAGGAACACCGGUUCUUUCAAAACCAGCUCCGAUUCAAUAAAUUUGUGGUACAGAAGAAUCUGGAUCUGUUCCAAACUAAAGUGGACAAAGACUAUUGGCUUUUGAUCUCUCCGCCAACCACUGUGAAUGCUUACUACGCCUACUCUCGGGGGCAAGUCAUAUUCCCUGCAGGUGUGCUGCAACCUCCAUUGUUUACUGAGAAACAGCCGAUGGCAUUGAACUUUGGACACAUUGGAACACUAAUGGGACACGAGCUUCUGCACGGGUUUGACGACAUUGGGCGGUUAUAUGGACCAAGUGGUCACAAAAGGAAAUGGUGGCCCAAUCGCACAACCAAUGCAUUUAACUCCAAAAGCCGAUGCUUUGUGAAGCAAUACUCCCAAAAGAUAUUUAGUGGAUGGAACGUCAACGGUGAAAGAACUCUGUCAGAAAACAUUGCCGACAACGGCGGUCUCAUAUCCGCAUAUCAAGCUUACCAAAGGUGGGCCCAAAAUUUCCCACUGGAUCCCAUGGGCCUCUUGCCCGGUUUGUCUUUCACAGAGGAACAACUCAUAUUCUUAGGAUUUGCAAGAGCUCAUUGUUCCACGACGAAAGAAAAAGCUACGGAACUUCGUCUUCGAAUUGGUCGGCACAGCCCUAGCCAUGUUCGGGUGAACACGGCGGUAAAAAACUUGGCAGAAUUUGCUGAAGCCUUCAACUGUCCCAGCAAAUCCGCUUUGAGGCUUUCUCCAGACAAAAGAUGUUCUGUGUGGUAAAACACGAUAGACACAAAUGUUGUUAAAUGAAGUCAAACCUAAAGGGAAAUAAAGUUUUGAAAAACCA